UUUGCAAAUAUCUUCUCCCAUUCUGUAGGUUGUCUUUUAGUUUUGUUGACUGUUUUCUUUUGCUGUGCAGAAGCUUUUUAUCUUGAUUAAGUCCCAAUAGUUCAUUUUUGCUUUUGUUUCCCUUUGUGGCUAAUACUUCUUAAGUCUUUUAUUAUAAUUGUAGAUUGUACAACUCAGUAGGGGACCCUUGAAGUCACAUGUCCUGUCCCCUGCUUCUAGGCAGGACUGAAUUUAAACUAUUUUCCUUAGAUAACUCUAAGAUAACUUCUCUGCUUUUUUUUUUUUUUAAAUAAGCCCCAAAGAAGCAGCUACUGAAGCAUCUCUUGGGAAGGCUUUCCUGUGUUUCACUUGCUACUGGCCACAAAAGAUUAAGAUACUCCCCUGAAGACCUACUGGGGAAAUGACCAACCUGAGAGUUCUUCCCAUCCCCCAAAGAGCUUUGAGUGCACAUGACCUUAUGCCAUCUUUGCUUAGGAAUAAAAAGACCUCUUUAUUCUUGAACUUACUGUGGGGAGUUUUUAUAUGUUAUAUGUUCAUGUCAGGUUAAACCCUCAGAUGUUUUUCAGGCACUGUAUGCCAUUUAAAGCAUCUGAAUAGAACUACAGCAAACUGUGACAACAGGGGCAGAGGGUAGGAAGUGUGAUGGGAAAGGUAGUCAAGGAAAGGCAGGUGCUAUGGCUGCCUUGCAAAGAGAUACCCAGGAGUACCAAUCUACAGAUGCAUUUAACCAGGCUGCCCAUUCUUGUGCCUGGAUGACACUAGCUGACAUGUUUCUCUAUAAACUUCCAGCUAAACAGACCUUCUCUGUAAGUCUUGCUUAGACACAGUGUUUUAAAACACACGAUUCCUACCAGGAGACCAUGAGAUUUGAACUCCUUAAGGUGGCAUUUAAAGCUCAUCUUUUUUUUUUUUCUAAAGAAAAACAACUAUGAAGAUAGGUAGGGUUGGGUAUUCUUAAGGUGCAAAUGCCUGAGCCCUUGGAGUACAAGCUUUCCUGAUACGUUUUUCUGGGGACAGCAUCUCUACUCUGAACGCCAGCUACACAGGGUUCAUGAUAAUAGAACAAAAGAGUUGAAAGUGGCCCAUGAAUUCAGCUUGUCCAAACUCCUCACAUUACAGAGGAAGAGAUAAAAACCAGAACUACAAAGGGCUGUGAGGGCAGGGACAAACUUUAGUCACCCCCUCCUUUUGCUCAGAGGUCUCUGUCUUGAUACUUCCCCACCCUAGAGUCUUCAGCAACUUGUGACAGAAAUGGAGCUAGAAUUUGAGUCUCCCUAUUAAAGUUCAGUGCUUUAUUCCUGCAAGGAGCACCAUGCUUUCUCUAUAGACUGUAAGCCAGGCCAGAACUUAUAGGGGGUGAGGGGCAGAAGAAUGAAAUAAGUGUAAUGAUUUUAAAAAGGGAAAAGUGACCCCAAAUCAUGUUCCUACCAGUCUGUUACUGAUGCUUGACCUUCCACCAUUAGAGAUUCAUUCUUUUGUAACUUGGAGGUGAGGUAGACUUCCAUUUAUAUUUCUUGAAAUAUAAAUACCUCUGGGAAGGCCACCAACAGCUGAUAGCUAAUAAACGGCAAGGUUUAUUUCUCCAAGAGCGUUAAUAGUCAACAGCAUGGUGGUAUGGAGGGGAAGCCAAGGCAGAGAAAUUUUGGAGUUCAUUGAAAUAAGACAACAAAGUUGGGACUGAUUUGAGAAUGGGUCUACUUUGUUGUAGACGUUCCAUAAAUGCUACUAUUUACCUAUCCAACUAAAUAAGAAUCCAGACACAUUCGUGAGAAAUUCCCUUUCCAAGGCAUGAACAAAUGUUUGGAAGCCCAAAGGAAGGACAGUGCUACCUACACCCAUUUGCCAUCAGAGGAUGCCCAUCCUAGGGCUUUCUCUGUAAUGAGCAUUGAGGCUUAGUUGGAGCCAGGUUCCCACCUCUUCCUCAAGACUUCAUUUACAUGAGUUGCAUGGGCACUUUUGUUUAUGGCUGAAGAAUGGAGGAGUUUAUACUACUAUCUUGUCGGUGGAAGACAAGGGAGGAAGAAAUUGAACAACAAUGGGGCAUGGUGUGUCAUCUACCUACCCCAGCACUGGCCUUUGUGCCCUCCUAUAGCAAUGGAAGAGUUCGGACCAGAAGCAGAGGGGCUGUUCCUCCAAGAGACUUGAUGAGACUGGGUGAAGGAGUAGGCUUGGGAGCUCAGUAGAUCUGCUCCUGCUUCCCAUUACAUCCAGAAAUUGCUGGGUGUGCUAGAAGACAGAAAUCCUGGUACAGCUGUCAGCAUCCUCAUGAGGGAUGUUGCCAACAUGGGCAAUGGCAAGGCUCCUAGAAGCCACUUCACGGUCACUGGACAUGAGCUAAAGGAAGCCAGAGAUAGAGAAGAAGGAGGAGGAGGAGACUCAAAUGUGGGAAAUUUAGUAGGACUCCAAGAAGUGAAGGAUUAUGCCCAAAGUCACAGAGUUAAAAUGUUAAGAAUCUGGUAAAAUCUUUAAAAAAAAAAAAAAGUAAAAUCUUUAAAAAAAUGUUAAGAAUCUGGACUGAAAAGUAGGCCUGGGCAGCUUUGAGAUCUGUUCUCUUUCCACUGGUGGAGUCAGAAAGACACAGGCUUCAACCCCUUACCAGGUGAAUUAGCCAUAGAGUGGACUCUUUCUGGUAAGAUACAGACUGUGGCUGGCUUCUCCAGCAACAAAGCUGGCUGCUUUCUGGACCAUCAUCUGUGACCAUUACUGUGUCCGGUGGAACAGAACAUUAAUUUGAAUAUGUUUUGGAGCCAAGAAUCAUUAGACAGGUAGAAAUUCUAUUUGACUGUAUCUGGAUACAUAAAAUGAGUCAAAGAGAAGUAAUUUUUGGAUAAUCUGCUGAUUUGCCUUAUUCGGCCAUCAAUAUGGAUCAUUGAGACUUGAUGGCGUUAUGCUGACUACAACCUGGUAGCCUGUGUUGUCAAGAAAUUCACUGGUAAGGGCCCCUGGGUGACUCAGUUGGUUAAGUGUCUGCCUUUGGCUCAGAUCAUGAUCUCAGAGUCCUGGGAUAGGCUGGAGUCAGGCUCUCUGCUCAAGGGGGAGUCUGCUUCUCCCUCUCCCUCUGCCGCUCCCUGCUGCUUGUGCUCUUCCUCUUGCUUUCUCUCUCAAAUAAAUGAAUAAAAAACUAAAAAGAAGAAAUUCAUUGGUUCUCCCACUGAGCUUUAUCCCCUGACAAGUGUUGGAGAAAUCAGGUGAUGGCCAUUUAUAAUGACUGGUUACAGUCUUUUUAAAAAAAUAUUUUAUUCAAAUUCAAUUUGUCAACAUAUAGUACAACACCCAGUGCUCAUCCCAUCAAGUGUCCUCCUUAGUGCCCGUCACUGGUUACAGUCUUUGAGGCUGCUAGAAUCAGGCAGUACUGUUUAAAAAAAAAAAAAAAAAAAAAGGAGGAACUGCUUUUGACUUCUGGAAAGCCCAGUGCUGGAGUAAACAUGGUCAUGAGCAUUACCUACAAGUCUCCUUUAUAAAUCUCUGACCUGACAGGAAUGUAACUUUCCACUCAAUCACCUUUAUAAGUGGAAGGGAGAGGCUGUUCUACUCUUCAGCCUUUGUUUCGACCAUCGGAGUUGAAUUUUGGUUUGUGAUGCAUGUGACCAGUCUUCAAUGUGACUUGGGUGUGGCUAGAAUCAUAGUUUAUACCAUGCAUAAAAUGGCAAGGCAGAAAGAGGAUGUAGGGCUUGUCUCCUACAAACUUCUUCUUUUAAAGAAAAGGGCUCAAGAGGUAAAGUGACUUUCUCAAAGCCACUCAUCUAUUUAAUGAUGGAGCUAGGAUCAGGGCACAGGUCCAUUGACCCCACAGUGACACUUUUCCUCCACAUACGUAUAUGGUCUUAUAUGAUGGAGUGCUGGGAAGGACUUUUAUUUGAGCACUAUUUCCUGGGAACUAUGCUAGGUGUUUUCAUCUACAUUGGCUCAUUUUAUUGUCACAGGCCUUCUACCAGAGAGAGAUCACCAUUAAGCCAUUUUCACACAGAUGGAGAGUUUAACUGGUCUGUAAGACCACAAAACCCAUGUUCUUUCUUCUGGGAAGGUAAGAGAGAAGGGUGGUUAAAUAGUCCAGAAAGGAAACAGAUGGAAUCAAGCACAGCUUUGUUUAGCUACCUCCACUCACUGUGCAUUUUCAGGUGGGGCUAUCCCUGAGACCCCAGAGAUCAGCCCUGCACUAGGGCAGGUCAUAAUGUGUCAUGUCUCAAGUGACAUCAGUAUAUAAUGUAUCAGUAUAUAAAGGGGAAGAAGCAAGGCUGAAAACUUCUUAGUUUCAGGGGCACACAGGAACUUUAGAAUCUUGAUGGAGAAUGUGUCCCCAGCCUUUUUUGAGUGGAGGCUACUGUGCUUCUGGUCCAGACUUUAUAGCCUCCAGGAUCUCUCUGUCCAUAUCAAUAAAUACUUUUUUGCAGGACCUUUGUGACUAUAAACCAAUGAUUAUAGGUCUAUCUAACCUGUUAGAACCAAUACAUAUGACCCUUGAAAGGGCCCGAAUCCAUUACCAACUCUUCCUGGGAGAAUAUAUGUCAUCAGGGUAGGGAUACAUCUUUUCAUUUUUUAGUCCAUAAUGCCUAGCACAGUGCUUGGAUCCUAGUACUUAAUAUAAGGGCUAAUGGAAGCAAAUGUGUAUUGAGUUAUUACACUGGAUAAACUGAAUUGAUUUCUAGUUAGCCUUGGAGGAUUCAGGAGGGAUUUUCCAGAAGAAGUUGAACCUUUGUUAAAGAUUGGAAAAGGAGGAGAGGAGUGGAGUUUAUAACAUCCACCAAGAGGAAAAAGCUAAUUUCUGUUGUGAUAGCAUUUUAGAAGUACUAUUUUAAUACCUUUAUGGUUCUACUACUACAUCCCUCUUCCAGGGCCUUUCCCUGAAGAAGUUUCAGUUCCAUCAUAGGCCACUGGGAAAGCCUAGAUAUCUUUUGAGUCCUCCUCAUCCUGAGAGAAAGGCAGUCUUUUAGGAGACUAGAACAAUACUAUUCAGUUUUUUAGGGGCACAGAAUUCUAAGGAUUUAGCUAUUGAUGUAGAACUACUAAGAAAAUGCUUCUCAAAUAUUGUUAGAAUAAUCAAACCAAAUGCUUUUAUAUCCAGGACAAUACAAUGAUGAAUUGAUUUACUCAGGCAUUAUCACAGCAAGAAAGAAAUAACAUCCUGGUUUUAAUGGUAAAAGAAAAAAAAAAGAAAUCCAAAUUUUGCAGGUACUGGUGACACUUUUGCAAGUUAUUCUUUGGGAUGUAGUUCAAGAAAUAAUUGGGCUUUGGGUUAGAAAAAUAGGACGCAAAGGCUUUUGUGCAGGAGAACUGCCCAGGUGUGGGUCUGCAUGGAGGCUCAGCCAGGUAGCUAGCUGGCUGCUGCAGCCUUGGCUUGGCUCCCAUCUGGCCCAGAAGAUACUAAGAACACUGCUGGGUGAGCUGCCAUAAAGUGGUGAUGGAUCACAUCUGUGGCCUGAUUCUGAAGGAGCCAUGGAUUCACUGCAAUGUGCUGUGGCCAUAUGUGAGCCCAGGUCACAUGUGAGGUUCUUCUAGAGGGAGGAGGGAGAAGCCACAUGACAUACCUUAUACAUCUUUUAUUUUUGAAUGAGCCAGAGUCUGAGCUUUCCCAGACACCAUGGUAUGCAAGUUAGAGACAUUGCAUCCUGAUGGCAAGGACACUGGAUUUUGGGAAGCAACAAAGGAAGUGUUGACUGACUCCUUAAGUUGAACAUUUACACAAUCUUCGCCUCCUGGAGGGUUCAGAAAUGAAAGGAGACAAUUCUGGAGUCACUGCAUGGGGUGGAUGGAACCUUAAAGGCCUUGCUCAAUCUUUUAGGGUUUGUAGUUCCACUGCAACAGCUAUGCCAAAUAAUACAGCUGACCAAACUCUUCAGUGGUAGGAAAUUCACUUCUCUGUGGCAUCUCACAAAGCUAGAUAACUUUUCCAAUUAAUAACCCUUCCCAAGAGUCUCAUUCCAACUUUUGAAUGCUGGUUCAACCAUCAGCACAUUUUCAUUUUCAAGAACUUUAUGGGUUUCAAGGACCCCUGUGUUAGAGAUGGACCUUUGUAUACUGGUGGGGGUUCCUAUAGUUUUAGGGGGUCCUUUCUGUAACUUAGGGAUCUUCUUUCUCUGUGAGACCCUUCAUCUUUUCCACAUAUCCUUAUCCAAUUGUCCUCAACCAUGACUGCACAUUAGAAUUAACUAGAUAAUUUUAAAUCAUCCUCUCUGGAGGUUGAACCAAAGGAUUGAUAUUUUUAAAGCUCCCCAGAUGAUUCCACUAUGCAGCCAAAUUUGAGAACCACUGUCUUAUUUACAAAAUUUGAUUAACCUCUUGAAAGUCAUGCUAUAGAAUAAAGCAUCCUAGAUUUGAAUCCUGAAUCUAUCACUUGGUCAACUCUCUGUGUUUUUGUUCUUUCAUCUGUGUUUUAAGGAUAAUAAAAGUACUCCCCCAAAAGAGUUGUCAAAAGAACUGCACAAGCGCACAUCAAGUUUAGAUAAGUCUCUGGCAUGUAAUAAGUGCUCUAUGAAGUUUGACUCAGAGCCUAGGACAGGGCCUAGCAAAUGUUAACACAAUGCUUAUGGUCUUAUCAUGAGCUAGCCAUUAUCCUAUGCAUUUUCCAUGUGCUAAUCAAUGUAUUUUGUUGCACUGAAGACAUAAGCGAAAUGUGUCUUCAGGACACCUCUACUUGGCAGGGCAUAUCAUCCCAGACUAUCUAUUUAACUUACAUGUUAGGGAUGCUCUUAUGGAUCCACUUAUAUCUCUUGUCAUCCCAUGUAUCUUUUUGCAUCCCAUCAGAAUCCUUCCUAAAGCUUCUCUAUGAAAAUUCUGUACAUUUGCAAAAGCAUUCAAGGUGACAAAAUCCAGAGCUCCUCAAUGGUUAGUCCAAUACCUUUUGUUGCCUAUCGUCAAUCCCAGUGUUUAUUAAUGAGCUAGGCGUAUAACAGAUGUCCAGUAAAUUCUUUGUUGAAUGAAGAAAUUAUUAUUGUAAAAAUUAUGGUAAUAUGCAAAAGGGAAGGAGAAAGACUGAAUUCCUGUGAAUGGUGAGGUAGUGGGAAUGCCUACUUAUGCGCUAGGUACUUUUCACCCAUCAUUAAUUUUCACCACUGUAAGAGAGGAGUGUUCAGGUAAUCUUUUGCUGUGUAACAAAGCACCCCAGAACUUAAGUCUCUUAAGACAACAAUUCUUUUGCUUGUGAAUUUGUAUUUAAAACUGGGAGCAUAGCAGGAAUAACAACUCUCUGCUACAAAGGGCUCAACAGAGGACUGGAGUAUCCACUUUCAAGAGAGCUUACUCCAGCCAUUUAUGGAACCACUUUGGUAGCCUAAGCUUCUCACUUGCAGCCCCAGGUUGGCUCUGGGUUGGAUGGGUUGGAAUUUUGGAAAGCUCUUGCCAGGAGAAUGCAGCUCUCUAUCUCAGCCUCUCUACUCCCCAUUCUGAGGGGAGCUGUGUCUGUGCUUGGGGAGAAGCCAAGCCAAGCAAAAGAUUUCAACAGAGAACGGAGGAAACACACCCACUGAGGUUCUCAUAGCAACAUAAUCACGCACAGGCAGCAGCCUAUUUCGGUGGGAGCUUGUCUCAGCUCCCCUCCUCCCUGGUUAGUCACAGAAUGGAUUGCUGCAUAGGCAGAAGCAGUGUGGGGUAUGGUGGGGGAGAGUGUUGAACUGAAAGUCAGGAAGCUGGGGAGCUGCUCUCAGAUGCUCCCUCAGCUGGCUCCAAGGAUCAUGGACAAAUGUCUUCAUUUCUCUGAUCUCAGGGUCUUUAUUUGUAAAAUGAGAGGAUGGGGCUAAAGAGCUGUGAGGAUCCUGUCUGAUUUUCAUUGAUUGUAUGAGUACUGAGACUCUAUUGGUAGUGGAUGAGAUGUUUCAUAAUCUUUUGUUUCUGAGAAAAAUGCUUAGAGAAAAGGGCGUUCAAGAGGGUAAAAGUUAUUCUUUAGAUUCAUCUCAUUCGUCCCCCUACAACUUUCUGCAUGUUGGCAGUAUGUUGGAAGGUGGAUGACCAGGUGUUGCCAAAGAUUCUGCUCACUCACCCUCAACACUAGUCAGGGUCUGUGGUCUGAGAGAGGAAAAGGUUAAGGAGUUAGGCUCAUUCCUUCAUUUACAUUCACUCUUCCACAACACACACACACACACACACACACACACACACACGUGCAGGAGCCCAUUAACUCAAGCCUGUUGCCCAUUGUCUUUUCAGUUUUUUUACUCUCCGACUCCCACUCUUCCACUUCUCCUCACCCUCCUCCUGUUAUUGCAAUGCAUCCUCUCUUUCCCUUAGGACCAGGUGAUGGAGACAUCUUUAAAUUCUGGCCCAUUUCUUCAAUGGACUCUGAGGUUAGUUGAGGACAACCAGGCUCACAUUUCCUGGCAGUCAAAAGGUGAUGAUAAAAACAAACAGGUCAUGCAUGGAGGGCUGAUCUCCCUAUGUAAGUACAGGGAUGAAGCGAAGAGAACCAGGGUGCUCAGGAGCAUCUUUUAGGUCCCUGUCCUUGACUUGUGGGCUGAAAGCUUGAAAGUGCAGCUGUCUUUGAAGAAGUCCAGCCUGAGUGGCCUGUUGCAAAGGGAAAGACAGAGUGCCCUCCCCCCCCCCCUUGUUCUAUUUCCCACCCGCCUGACAGAUGGCCAGUAAGACAGAGAAAAAGAAGCUCUCAAAGUGAAGACAGGAAUGCAUUGUAUAAAAAUUCACACCCCCUGCUGCCGCCCAAACUCCCUUAAAAAAGGAUCAAGAGAAUCCUAAUGGUCUUUCCCAAGCCACCUCUGGCCGAACCUCUGGCGCAGCCUCUCAGCCUGACAGAGGCUUGGAGCCCCAAGCGCCUGGACGGGGUCAGUGGGAGAAAAGGGAGAGAUGAUGGCAGGCUCAGCCCUAGAGUUGAAGGAGUUAAGGACCCUCCCUCACCCAGACACCCACCCCUUCGCUCCCGAAGCGGCAAUUCGCCAAGGAAGGCACCAAGCAAGGAUUGACGGAAGAGCUAGGGGGUUGGGGUGCGGUGGGGGCGAGGUAACUAUGGCCCAAUCUUGCCCAGAGCUUGUCCUGGGUGGGAGGACACACAGCCGGGGCUAAGCAGCGGCAAGAGCCCAGCCCCGCGCCUGCUUUCUCGGAGCCGCCCGCGUGGCCCUGCGGCGUCCGCGCGGCCCUUGCCCUGCAGCUGUGCACGGUGCACGGCGCCCGGGACUGGGGGUGCACGCGAGACCCCCGGAGCCCGGGGAGGCGGCGGGCCCGGGGGCGCUGGGGGCCUCGGUGUGCGCCCAGCCGCCGCCCGCCCUACCGAACCUCCUACCCCGCCCCCACUCACCCGGCUCAGCCCCUAGGAGAGACGCGCAGGAAGCGUGUUGCUUCGCCCAGCGGAUCGGCAGAAGUUGAGAGGAGUUGGUGGCUGCCUCCGGCCGGCCGGACUCUGCCAGCCUCGGGAGAGGAGCCGCCGCCGCCGCCGCCGCCGCCGCCGCCGCCGCCGCCGCGGAGCCUUCGGGGCUGCCUCCCUCCGGCUCGGCCCGCAGCGCGGGUGGAGAGGGGCGGGGAGGGGGUCGGGUGCGAGAGGAGCACUUGAAACUGUGUGAAGGAAUCCGGAGCAGAUGAGAAGGGAGGAAAAUAAAACAAAGUGGAGACUGCAGAAAAGACUCAACCGUAGUUGAUUGUAUCGGCUGACGCUCCAGCAGAGGGGCUGGGUUGGGUUUUUCUCUCCCCCCCCUCCUGUCUUUCUGUCUGUCUCUCUCUCUGUCUCUCUGUCUCUCUCUCUCUGUCUCUCUCUCUCCGUCUCUCUCUCUCUCUCUCUCUCUCUCUCUCUCUCUCGUUUAAAGCUACACCAGCUCUCUCUUUCUCUACUAUCCCUGUAUCACCGAACCCUUGCUGGCUCUUAUGGGCAUGAAACACUCCUCCCGCUGCCUGCUCCUAAGGAGGAAAAUGGCGGAGAACGCUGCCGAGAACACCGAGGUGAGCAGUUCCCCCCCGCAACCCCCUCAACCCGUCGUCCCAACCAAGCCUGUGCAAUGUGUCCAUCAUGUGUCCACUCAACCCAGCUGCCCAGGACGGGGUAAGAUGUCCAAGCUGCUGAACCCAGAGGAGAUGACCUCGAGAGAUUAUUACUUCGACUCCUAUGCCCACUUUGGGAUCCAUGAGGAAAUGCUGAAGGAUGAGGUGCGGACACUCACCUACCGGAACUCCAUGUACCACAAUAAGCAUGUGUUCAAGGACAAAGUGGUGCUGGACGUUGGGAGUGGUACCGGGAUCCUUUCCAUGUUUGCUGCCAAAGCAGGAGCCAAGAAAGUGUUUGGGAUCGAAUGUUCCAGUAUUUCUGACUACUCAGAGAAGAUCAUUAAAGCCAAUCACUUGGACAACAUCAUCACCAUAUUUAAGGGUAAAGUAGAAGAGGUGGAGUUGCCUGUGGAGAAGGUAGACAUCAUCAUCAGCGAGUGGAUGGGCUACUGUCUGUUCUAUGAGUCAAUGCUCAACACGGUGAUCUUUGCCAGGGACAAGUGGCUGAAACCUGGAGGGCUUAUGUUUCCAGACCGGGCAGCUUUGUACGUGGUAGCAAUUGAAGACAGACAGUACAAGGACUUCAAAAUCCACUGGUGGGAGAAUGUCUAUGGCUUUGAUAUGACCUGUAUCCGGGAUGUUGCCAUGAAGGAGCCACUGGUGGACAUCGUGGAUCCAAAGCAAGUGGUGACCAAUGCCUGUUUAAUAAAGGAAGUGGACAUUUACACAGUGAAGACGGAAGAGCUGUCAUUCACAUCUGCCUUCUGCCUGCAGAUACAACGAAAUGACUACAUUCAUGCCCUGGUCACCUAUUUUAAUAUUGAAUUUACCAAGUGCCACAAGAAAAUGGGGUUUUCUACAGCCCCUGAUGCCCCCUACACCCACUGGAAGCAGACUGUCUUCUACUUGGAAGAUUACCUCACUGUCCGGAGAGGGGAGGAAAUCUAUGGGACCAUAUCCAUGAAGCCAAAUGCCAAAAAUGUUCGAGACCUCGAUUUCACAGUAGAUUUGGAUUUUAAGGGACAGCUGUGUGAAACAUCUGUAUCUAAUGACUACAAAAUGCGUUAGCACAUGAGGGAAGCUGCAGAGAGCGAGCAAGAAGAGAAACUCUUACCUCGAUCUGCGGCUCUGUCACAAGGAAUACCGUUUGCAGGACUACACACUCGAAAACCAGAGUUUUAAAUUCUGCCUUGAAGAUUGGUGAACUCACCAGGGCUCCCGUGAGCCCUGCCACUGGACAGAGAGCCUCCAGCUCCUCAGCUCUGCUCUGGGAGCCCUUCACAGAGGCUUUGUUGUCGCCGACAAAGAGCAACCUCCAGUGCUGUGGCUGGGACCCCGAGGAUGGAAAAGUACACAUGUAUACCCAUUGUCCUCCUUAACUGUGAACCUCCGGAACUUCCAAGUUUUGCAUGCUGCAGGCAUCUAGGACAGAUUGCUUCACUAGAACCUGGAGACAUAGUGUCUUUGAUAGCAUAAGCCAGAUUACCUAUCUGUGAGGUGGUGUGUGCGUGUGUGUGGGUGUGUGCGUGUGUGUGCGUGUGUGUAUGUGCACAGCAUAUAUAUUAGUUUCUUUACCCACAAUACCUGUAUAUGGGUAUAUUUCUGUAUUCAUUCAGGGUGUGUGUGUGUGUGCGCGCGAGUGCGUACGUGCGUGUGCGUAGAAUAUCUAUUACUCUCAGAGGAGAUUCUGUUGCUUUCAAAUAGGAAUUUGUUUUGUGAUUAGUUCUCCCCCUUCCCCAUCCCCUACAGAUGUUAAGCAACUAUGAAAUGUUCUCUGUACUAGCUCUGGUCUCCUUUUGACUAGACUGUGGCUCUGAACCCUGAGCAUAGUACCACGCACUCUGUUGGCACUCAAUAAAUGCACAUGAGAGCGAA